AUGAGCCAGGGCGGGUGGCAGGGACGGGAGGGCGCGGGGAACCCGAUGGGCCCAACGCGCGCGCCGUGGGCCGCUGGGGCGGUGCAGGACCCGGUGCCCCCGCCUCUGCCGCAGGCGCGUCGGCCGGCGCCGUUCCUCAUCAAGACGUCGCCUAAGAUGCCGGAGGUGAUGGACAUAGCCAAGGAGGGCGGCGCGGCGGCCGCGGGCGGGCACGCGUGGGUCCCGGCGCACCGGCGCAUCACCGACCAGAGACAGCUCGAGGCGUUCCUGAAGAGCCCCGAGGCCGAGAGCUACAUGGCGUUCCUGCUCCUCUGCAACGAAGAAGUCAAGGGAUGCGCGCUCUCGACGAACGUCGAGCUCUCCCGGACGUGCCAGCAGCUCCUGGAACUUCUGGAGACUGUUGAGUCGUGGAUCGCCGAGUUCCCGCCCGUGCAGCAAAGCAUGCGCUACGGCAACCCCGCCUUCCGCGACCUCUUCGACCGCAUCGCCCAGAACGCCGCCGCCCUCCUCGAGCCCCUCCUCCCGGAGCACCUGCGCGGCGCGGCCGCGGAGCUCGCGCCCUACCUCGUCGACUCCUUCGGCAACCGCACGCGCAUCGACUACGGCACCGGGCACGAGACGAACUUCGCGGCGCUCCUGUACUGCCUCGCGCGGCUCGGCGUCGUCACGCGCCCGGACCUGCGCGCGCUCGUCCUGCGUGUGUUCCACCAGUACGUCGAGCUCAUGCGGCGCAUCCAGACCACCUACUGGCUCGAGCCCGCGGGGUCGCACGGCUGCUGGGGCCUCGACGACUACCAGUUCCUUCCGUUCCUCUUCGGCGCCGCGCAGCUCCUCGAGCACCCCACGCUGUCGCCGGCGUCCAUCCACAACGACAAGGUGCUGCGGGACCACGCGGACGACUUCAUGUACCUCGCGUGCGUGCGGUUCAUCAAGAGCGUGAAGAAGGGGCACGUGAGCGAGACGAGCCCGAUGAUCAACGACAUCUCGGGCGUGCCGAGCUGGACCAAGGUGAACGUCGGGAUGGUCAAAAUGUACCAGGCCGAGGUGAUGGCCAAGUUCCCCAUCAUGCAGCACUUCCUCUUCGGGAGCGUCCUGGACUGGCGGCCCCCCGACGACCGCGCGGGCGCCUAG